AUGUCUUUCCCAGAUAUCCUAGAUACACACAUCCAUCUUUGGCCCUCAACAGCCACUUCAUCUUCCAACCAUGGCUGGAUGUCCCCAGGCCACCAACUCGCUAAACGACACGGCAUAUCAGACUACCUCGCCAUCACCUCUCCCCAACCCACUGGCUUCAUAUACGUAGAAACCGAUCGGUAUCUUCCCUCCGCGGAACCUUCAGAUAUCAACGAAUCGGACAACGAUGACGAUGUCAAGGCCAAACUGAGAAUAUGGGCGAAAGAACCCUUGGAGGAGCUCCGUUUUCUGGCUAGAAUCGUGGAGGAGAGACCAGACGACGGCGAUGGGUUUGUAGAGAGUGAAGCAGGAAAAAUGAAGGGCUGUGUGGUUUAUGCUCCGUUUCAAUCUAGUCCGCGAGUCUUUAAUGCGUAUCUUGAUAUUGCAAGGGAGGUGGCUGGACCCAGACUCUGGAAGCAUGUCAAAGGGUUUAGGUAUUUAUUGCAGGGGAAAGGGGACGGUGUUGUUGCGAGAAUGUUACAGGAGAACGAGAAGAGUUGGAUCCACAAUCUUUGUGCGCUGAAGGAACUAGGAGGGGAGUGUGAGGCAUGGUGUUUCGACGUGGGGGUUGAUACGCAUAGAGACGGGGAGGAGCCAAUGGAGGCGGUUGGUAGGUUGAUCAAGGGAGUGAGGGAGCAUGAGGAGAAGGAGGGACAUAAGAAUCGUGUCAAGUUUGUGCUGAACCACCUCGCCAAACCUCCUCUAUCACCCAAACCUACACCUCCGUCCGACAUCUGGCUCCAAACCAUGAAGUCUCUCUCAUCGGACAAGGCAAUCUUCAUGAAACUCUCCGGCGCUUUCAACGAGUUUACUGUUUCGCCAACGCCAUCAGACGUACCGACGCUUUUGACUGCUCUUACUCCUUUCCUAGAUCACAUCUUCGACUGUUUCCCUAGAAGAGUCAUGUUCGGGAGCGACUGGCCGGUGUGCAAUGUUGGUGGGCCAGCAGGCGAGCAGGGAAGUUGGAAGCUCUGGAAAGAGGUUGUGGAGAAGUGGAUGGAUGGCAAGGGGUAUACAAAGGAGGAAAGGAACAGCGUCUGGAGAGGGGCGGGUGAGGAAGCGUAUGGGGUAACACUGUAA